AUGACGACGACGCGGGCGAGGGAGACGACGACGACGACGCUCGCCGAGCGCAACGCCGAGGCGCUGUUCGCCGAUCGCUCGCUCGAGGAGAUCCGAGAGAUCGAACGACGGACGCGACGAGAGGCGAGCGAGAAGGCGGAGGCGCUGCGACGCGUGCUGGGCGAGUCGUACAAGGACGCGAUCGCGUCGGUGGAGGCUCUGGAGACGAUCGAGAAGGCGGGAGAGAGGGUAUCGACGCUAGCGGUGGAGUUGAAGACGGAUUUAGAGCGCAGGAUGGAGUGGACGCGCGAUAGGGAGGAGGACGCGGAGGAGGUUGAACGCGUGGGCACGGACGCCGAGCGAGGGAGUCGAGUCAAGUUUUUGCUGGACACGCCGGAGAAGAUGUGGGGUUUGCUCGAGGAUAGCGAUUACGAAAAUGCGGCGGUACGAUUGAUGGCGGCGCAGGAGAUGUUGGGGGAAAUGACGAGCGGAAGGGGCGACGCGGAGGCGCUGUACGCGGCUUUUCCGGUUGCGCGCCAGCAGGCGAUGGUUUUGAAUAGUUUCAAUGUGCACGUGUCGAAGCGCGCCCGAGCGGGGCUCGAACGACCGACGCUGAGAGCGACCGACGUGGCGAGCGCCCUCAAGUCGCUCAUCGUGGUGGAGAAGUUGAGUAGGAAGCGUGCGCUGUUGCUGUUGUUACAGACGCGCCAAGCGCGAGUGCGAGCGUGUCUGCGAGACAUCGCGACAGCGACGGUGACGCACGACGGGCUCAAAAAGCGACUGACCGCGGUCAUGGUUGAUGUGAAGAGCACGUUGAAAGUGUGUUUUGAAGUGUUCGCCGGCACGCAGCCUCUCCUUGACUCGAGCUCGACGCAAUCUCUCACAGCGAGAGAUUUAUUUGAAGGUGUGUUCGAGCCUCAAGUUGAGUGGGAGCGUUUUCAGGCGGCUUUCACGGAGCGAACGAGCAGCAAAUUCGAAAACGUGAACGAAGGCACCAUCAUGGACGCGUGUCUGGAAUGGAUGGAUAGAUUGGCGACAGAUGUGUCUCAGCGGGGCGUCGCAGUGUUCGGGAGAAUUUCCAACUGCGACGAACUCAGUUCACUUGAAGCCGACUUCUCGAGCGAGGACAAGGAAUGGGACGCGACGUGCAAAGCGUUGUUCAGUCGUAGAGUCGAUCUGUGGUCCAUUUUAUUUGAAAGACCGUGGCUCCAGCAAGGAUUUUCACUGUUCAAGAAGUCGCUCACGUUCGCGCACCUCAAGCCGCAAAUCGACACAGCCAUCGUGGACGCGCGCAAGAAGAGCAGGUCGGAUUCUCGCAAGGAAUCCUCCAUGUGGUCGAGCUCGAGCAGCUCCACGGACGAAAUCGCGAACGUUCCGGACGAUGUUAAGUGCGCGCGUGCGGUCGCGCGAGCGAUGAACAACAUCAUGCUCUCCGUCAGAAAAGAAGCAUUAAUGCUCCAAGGUGUUCAACUGGGAGGCAACGUCGAGCUCGAGGGUCGAAUCGCGCAAUUAGAGCAGCACAUUCACUCGUGCGCGCAUAAGGGUCUGGUCGAGUUGGCGAAAUCUCUCUCAGCGAAGGUUGAGUCGCACCCCAACGACGUGCCGUGCGCGUUGAUGGUUGGUCAUCUCGCGCGUGCCGUCAUGGACAUCGUCAAGGAGGUGACCGUGCUCCUCAAGCCCGCGAACUCGUGGCCAAAGUACAACGAAUCGGCCGAGUUAAUCAUCAAACCAAUUCGGACUUUGCGAGGGAUGAAACAGCCGAAGGAGCCCCAAAACGUGAAGAUUGACGAAGUCAAGGCGGAGUUCGAGCGAGCGAUGAACGCCGGGUACAGCGUUUGGGUGAAGAAGUGCUCGACGGACACCGUUCGGGAAUUUAAGGAAGCGCUGAGCGCAGAUCAUUCUUUGGCUUCGGACUCGACUCCUCCGCACUGGGAAGAGGUCGCCGAUAAGACGGGCGAUGGUUUGCAACUGCAACUGCCAGCGACGCCCUCCUCCUACGUUCUCACAUCAAUUCACGGUGUGCUGCAGGAGGUGCAACAGAUCGGCGGCCAUCUCUUGCCGGUAUCGGCGAUCCGCAUGCUCGCCUCUUCACUCGUUGACGGUGUCUUGCAGGCGUACGCCGAUAGUCUUUCACGCGGUCGCCGAUCGGAGAAGGGCACGUUGCAAAUGCUCAUGGAUACGAAGUUUGCCGCGGACGUGCUCUCACUGAAGGAUGCAUCUCGCCUGAGUGCGCUUCAAAAGCAGCUCACCGGCACGCUCGAUCCGAUCGAUUGGGCGACGUACGAGCCAUAUUUGUGGGAAAACGAGAAGCGUGCGUACCGAAGGUGCUCAGUCUUGCUCGGAGGAUUUGUUCAGCUGGCCGAUUUGUACCAGGACACGUCGAUCAAGCCGGCAGGCACCAAAGCGAGUGCGUCGGCGGUUAAGAAAGCGAUGCCGCGCUUCACGUAUCUGCCCGUCAGUCUGCCGACCCUUCGUGGCUUGAACGCUGAGAGCCGCAAGACAAAGAUUGACUGGGGCGAGAUCGAGGCCCAAACGUUUGAGGACGAAGAGCGCGAAGGCUUAUUUUCAUCGUUCAAGAACAUCUUGCGCGAAUUUGCUUAG